GCUCAGCUUCAAGAAACAAGCCUAAAAAUCUUUCGAAAAAUGAAAUUCUUCAUCGUUGCUCUGGCCCUGUUUGCCGCCGCUGCCGCAAGGCCACAGGAGGACAAGUACACCACCAAAUACGACAGCAUCGACAUUGAUGAGAUCCUGAAGUCGGACCGUUUGUUCAAGAACUACUUCAACUGCCUGAUGGAUACUGGAGCUUGCACUCCGGAAGGAAACGAACUGAAGCGUGUCCUGCCUGAUUCCCUGGAGAACAACUGCUCAAAGUGUAGCGAGAAACAGCAAACCUCCAGCACAAAGAUCAUCAAAUUCUUGACCGAGAACAAGCCAGAGGAAUGGACCAUGUUGAAGGCCAAGUACGACCCAGAUAACAAGUAUGUCCAGAAAUACGUGGCUGAUGCCGACAAGGAUGGAAUCAAGCUGUAAACGAAAUGACACUUACCUGGAAUCCACGAAUUAUUAACGACCUACAGCGAAGAUUUUUCUGUAAUCUUAUCAUUUUCGAUCAUGAACUACGGAUCUCUGUAAUAAGUUGAAGACUGUAUCAAUAAAAUUGAAAAUUUGGUUUAAA